AACAAACAAACAAAAAAAUAUACAAAUAAACAAAUAAAUAAAUAUAUUAUCUCUCCCUCCCUAUUUUUUUUUUUUUUCCCCCAUUCGUCAUUUUUUUGAACCUUGAAACUCCGCUUAUUGUUACCCUACAGUUUGUUCAUUCGUGAAUUUGCCGAUUUGCCGAUUUGCCCAUUUUGCCAGUUUUUCUUUUUUGCGAUUUGCCAAAUCUCCCUUCUUCUGACUUUCCCCCCCGCUUAACUCCCCUCUUCUGCGAACCUAUCCCUUCGCUAGGCCCCCCACACGACAGGUUUUUCCUCUUACCAAAAAGGCUCCCCCUGAAUUCCGAUAUAAGGAAAUCAAUUUUUAAUUUCUUUACAAUUUUGUGAAAAAUGAUUGCCAAAGUUUUUUUCUUUUUCAUGUUCUUGUUGUUUUCCUCCGUGAGGACAUCGGACACCCCCAGCAAUGAUGGAAUCGUUCACAUCAUCACUAAGAACAUCGACCUGAAACAGUUACAAGGAACCUUUUAUGAAAUUGCCACGAACGCUUCGGAUAAAAUUUUUCCAGGAUUAUUAUGCAGAUGCACUAAGUAUGACUUCUCAGGAUUAAAAAGAGAUGGAAACUUAGCAUACAUUUUGGUUAACUUCUCUUGUGAUAGAAACUACCUCUUCGGAGAACACAAAUCAGAAAUGACAUUUAAAUUAAUUUUAAAUAAACCAGUUGAUGAAAAUACAACAACUGUCGAAGAGUUCAAUGCCAGCAUCUACUUAGUUGAAGGAAACCAACAAAUCCUACUUAACAAUAAUGUGAAUAUUGUGUUUGCUGAAGCAAAUGAACAAAACGAAUAUGAACACAUUAUCAUCGCAGGACAGAAAUCAACCGAGCCAAUGAUUGUUAUGUCUAAGUAUAGAACCAUCCUUCUUGAAACUUACAAUAAAUUGUUGAAUUCUCUUUACUUGGCUGGAUAUGAUCCAUCCCUCCUCAGCUGGCCAUUUAUCAUCCAAACCGACCAGACCUUCUGUGACUGA